AUGGCAGAACUCCCCGACCGCAUACGCCUACACAUCUCCCCCUUCAACGCGACUCUCUACGAAAACAUCAUUCCCAAAUCCAUCCAACCGAACGCGACAAACGUAUCCUACCACUCGGUGCAAACUUUUCCCGAACGCGGCUUUGGAUUCGUAGAACUGCCUAGAGAGGACGCGGAUAAGUUGCGCAAGAAGCUGAACGGAUUCACAUUGCGAGGGCAGAAAAUGGCUAUCUCGGAAGCGAAGCCGGAGAAGAGGAGGAGACGCGACAAGGAUGAGGAUGCCGCAGAGGAAGUAGAGGAGAAACCGCGCAAAAAGGCAAAGAAGGAGAAGUCCAGCAAGAAGAAGGAUAAAGAGAUUACCGGUUUCGAACUGCCUGAUGAGAGACAAGUAAAGCGCGGGUGGACCGAAGAGCCUGGCAAAUACCACAAAGAAAAGAAGGAAAAGUCAUCCAAGUCUAGCGACAAGGCCGAUAAGAAGGACAAGACGCCGAAGAGAGAAAAGUCCAAAUACUCGUCCAAGCAGGAAGUGCUGUUCAAGCAAAAGUUGCCCGAAGGCGUCAUGAUGGCGCAAAAGGCCGAGGGCAAGGAAAAGAAGAGCAAGAAGACGAAACAACCAAAGAACAUCACCAUCAUCCACGAGUUUGAGAAGAAUAAGCCUGUACCUUCAUUUCUGAAGUCGGAAGUCUCGGGCAAGGGAACUGCGACGGCUGAUUUCGUUCCUGGCAAGGGAUGGGUUGAUGCUGAGGGAAAUGUUGUUGAAGAGGUCCACGUCAAGCCGAAGAGAGAGGAAAGGAUCGCAAAGAUGAAGGACACGCCUGUGGAGAUCAAGAUCAAGCCCACUGCACCCAAGGAACCUGCUAUGCACAAGGAUAUCACUGCUGGCGCAAAGGCUUUGGGAGAUGAUGACUCGAGCGAUGAGAGCUCGGUUGUCUCUUCUGAGAGUGACAUGAGUGAUGACAGUGACGAUGAUGACGAGGACGAUGAGGAGAAGGAGGCCGAAAGAGAGGAAAUUCAGGAAGAGAUUAAAGAGGGCGCCGAGGAAAUCGCUGCCCACGCCCCAGAAGAGCAACAAGAAAGCACACCCGCCUCUGAGCCCGAAGAAGCAUCGUCAUCCGACUCGGAAGAUGAAUCUCCCACUUCACCAGCAAAAGACACACCGACCCAAUCCUCAGCACCCGACACCAUGGACAUCGACACACCCAAACCUUCCACCCCACCCCGCGAAGUCCACCCUCUUGAAGCCCUCUUCAAAAAGAAGCCAGCCACAGAAACCACACCUCGCCCUGCUCCCAUCAACACUUCCUUCUCCUUCGGCAUCUCCGACGACAUUGACGAAGACGUAGACAUGAACUUCGACGCCGAGGCCGAUCCAACCUACCCCAGCACCCCUUAUACACGCACCCGCGAUAUCCGCUCUGCAGCACCAACACCCGACACCGCAGCCAUCGGCAGAAAAUUCUCCUUCUCAUUUGCCAAACACUUUGAUGAGGAAGACAUCGAAGAAGAGGCGUAUGACGAGGAAGAGGGAUGGCAGAAUGCGAAUCAAGAGCCGCUUGGUGUGAGGGAGGUUGAAGGUAAAGAGGGAGAAGAGGAGACGGAGUUUGCAAAAUGGUUCUGGGAGAACAGGGGUGAUAGCAAUAGGGCUUGGAAGAAGAGGAGGAGGGAUGUCAUGAAGCAAAAGAGGCAGAGGGAGAACAGAAGGGUCAGCAGACGUGUUGUAUAA